AUGGCCGUCCCCGGGGCCCUGCUGACCCUGCUGCUCACCGCGGCCUCGGCCGUGCACCUGGGUGAGGCCUUAAGUUGCAUCACCUGUGAGCAGCCCACAGCCCUUCCUCUGUGCAAGAACAUUACCUACUGCAAGCCGGACGAAAUAGCCUGCAAGACCACGCUGGUGACGGUGGAGGCAGAGUUCCCCUUCAACGAGAGCCCCGUGGUGACCAGCACCUGUGCCAGCUCCUGCGAGGCCACCGACCCAGACAGCAUCGGGGCUGCCCACCCCAUCUUCUGCUGCUUCCACGACCUCUGCAACUCCGUGGGCGCUGCCAGGCUCAGUGCUGGAGCCCUGGCCCCCCUGGGGGCCGUGGUCCUCAGCCACCUCCUUCCCUGA